AUGGCUUCCCUGGCAUCAUGGCUGCUCCUCGGAGCUGCCGUCCCUUACGCCAUGGCUGCUGGACAGGCGCCGUCGCAGGCCGAGAUUGACGCGGCGAACACGAACCAAAAAAUGAUAAAAUACAUUGGCUGGACAUGGGGAAUGAUCAUUGCCAUAGUGCUUGUGUAUCGCUGGACAUUGUACGGCCUGCAGCACGUUCGACGACUUGCCAACUUGAACCACGGAUCAUCGAGCGACGGCAGACAGCGAUACUUUGCCAUUCCCAACGAGAGAUGGGCUCAAUUCAAGCGCCACUGGCUAUCUGCACCUCUCUUGAGACGCCGUCACAACCGCGAGUUCAAGCUCUCAGCUGCGAUGAAUGUCGGUACCCUCCCAGGUCGCAUGCAGACUUUCUUUCUCGUCGGCUAUCUUGCUCUCAACGUUGUCUUCACCGUCUGGAAGAUCGACUGGACCAGCCACAAGUUCUACUCUAUCGGCCUCCACCGCACCGGUAUCCUCGCAACCCUGAACAUGGUACCUCUUUUCCUGCUUGCCGGGCGGAACAAUCCACUUGUCUGGCUGCUGGGCAUCAGCUUCAACGACUUCAACAUGAUCCAUCGCUGGAUUGGUCGUAUUGUUGUCUUCGAAGCCGUCGCUCACGCCGCCUUCUGGUUUUGCGGCAAGGUCAUCUCUUUGGGACCGAAGAAGGGCUAUAUGAUGAUCGCCAUUGCCAUGAAGAGCAGCACAAUGAUCCUCACUGGAACGAUUGGAUUUGCUGCAUUCUGCAUGAUUCUCCUGCAAUCGCCCUCCAUUGUUCGCCAUGCCUUCUAUGAGACCUUCCUUCACCUCCACAUCGCCCUGGCGGCUACUGCUGUGGCUGCAGUGUGGAUUCAUCUAAACGAAAUCCCCACCGCUCAGCUCCUGCUGGCUGGCGCCAUCGUCUGCUGGGUAUUUGAGCGUGCGACUCGCCUCUGGCUCAUCGUCCGCAAGAACUUCGGUCGACGCGGAUGCACCAAAGCAGAGAUUGAAGCUCUGCCCGGCGAUGCUGUCCGGGUCACUCUACGUACGGCUAGACCUUGGAAAUUCAGGCCUGGCCAACACGUCUAUCUCUACAUCCCACACAUUGGCAUGUGGACCAGUCACCCGUUCUCCCUUGCCUGGAGUGAGGAUGGCAAGGACUUGGCCAACGAGAAGACCCUCCCUAUGUCUCGGCAGGAUAUCACCGCAGCCAAGGCGACAUCAAUGUCACUAAUCAUCCGUCGCCGCACUGGAUUCACCGACGCUCUCUACAGGAAGGCGGAGCAGUGCACUGCCGGACCGCUCAUCACCACCGCAUACGUCGAGGGCCCGUAUGGACAUGAGAGUUUCCAAUCCUACGGCACCGUCAUGCUCUUCGCGGCUGGCGUGGGUAUCUCUCACCAAGUACCUCACGUGCGCGAUCUUGUAGCAUCGUACGCCAACGGCACCAGCGCAACCCGCAAGGUUGUCCUCGUCUGGAUCAUCCAAUCUCCGGAGCACCUGGAAUGGAUCCGUCCCUGGAUGACCCAAAUCCUUGGCAUGGAGAAGCGCCGCGACAUUCUCAAGAUCCUUCUUUUCGUAACGCGACCACGAAGUACCAAGGAAAUCCACUCUCCUAGCGCGAGCGUUCAGAUGUUCCCCGGAAAGCCGGAUGUUGGUGCCUUGAUCGCCAAGGAACAAGAGAAGCAAGUCGGCGCUAUGGCUAUCAGCGUCUGCGGCACGGGUAGCCUGAGCGACGAUGUGCGGCGGGGCAUGCGUGAUCGCUGCGAGGACACAGAGAUCGAUUUCUUCGAGGAGGCUUUCUCGUGGUAG